ACCUUGAAGCCUUCACUGUGUUUCAGUCGUGCACUCUUUGCUAACGGACCGUGUAACCACGUUGGUGUAAACAGUCUGUGGUGUAAACAAACAUUGAAUGAGCUUUCAGUUUGCUGGUUUUGGAUUUAUUAGGAGGUAGAUCGCAUUGUUCUGGUCCGGAUGGAGAUCUUCGGAAGCACGUUUGAUGAGUCCAUGUUUUCGACGGCCAGGGACCGGGUCCGGGUCUCUGUUCCUCUGUCCUCCUAUAACGCCAAACUGUGUGAGCCGGAGUGGUUCUGUGACGGUUCUGCUCUGGACACAGACGACCCUCUGGAGAAGCAGAAAGUCUUCAAGUUCCGUGGAGACUUGGCUGUACGACAGGGGAAAUAUCAGAAAGCUUUGGAAGCAUACAGCACCUGCCUGGAGUGGAUCGCUGACAACAACCUGACCAUUAAGAGAGACGUGCUGGAGGGAAUGUCUCGAUGCUGCACCAAACUGGGACAGAGGGAGCGGGCGCUGGACUUGGCUGACUUGCUGGGCAAAGAAGCCUCCAACACCUGUCACCUGAUCAGCCUCCUCCUGCUGAAGGUCAGCAUCUACCAGCAUUUUGGGUACCUGGGAUCAAAGAUGUUGUGUUUGCAGCAGCUGUGCAGCCUGCUGGCCUUUAACCCCUGGCACUGGAACAGCCUGGGUCAGACGUGUCUGCAGCUGCUGGAGAGGAACACAACUACAGGGUUGUGUUGUCCUCAGAGGUGCAAAUCAUCAGAGGAGCAGAAGCCAACAGAGACUGAGGAACAAGUGGAGGAGGCAACAGAGCUUGAAGAGGAUAAAGUCUGGCUGAAAGCCUGCAUGUGUUUCAUCAGAACGAGACUCCUGUUGAGGAUCCUUCGGCAGCAGCAGUCCUCGUUCGUCCUGCAGCGAAGUGAAAGCACUUUACAGACGACGGAUGAGGCGUUACAGCAGCUCAGUCCCAAAGAAACAACCCUGCAAGCUCUCACUGAGGUGAUGUCAGAGGACCUGAUCCCUGAGAAGAUGAGGGAGGACUACCAGGAUGGGGAGAGUCUGCUGGAUGUGUGUGUGCAGAACUUCAGGGAGCGCUGGUGGAACAAGAUCUUACUGACUGGAGUGUUGGAGACUGAUGGCUGUAAACGUCAGACGCAGACAAACUCAAAGUCCUGAGGCUCCAGUGAUGCCUGUUUACAGACUGUAUGACCUGAAAGACAGGUCCAACACAGGUCCAACUCUUAAAACAGAGGUGGACAUUCGGUCCACUCGGCCUUAUUGCCAUGAUUAAUCCCUGCACAUGUGGAUUAAACAUGUCAGGUUAAUCCUGAUCAUCUCACACAAAAGCAUAAAUGACUCUUAAAAAAUGCAACAGACUCUUUAAUAUUCACACGGGGGGAGCUGUGCAGUGAAUGUGGAUGAUCCUUUAUCACCUCAGGCACAGACUCAUCCAUGUUGUAUUCAGCUUUCUAUGAGUUCAAUCAUUUACAGUGAACAGUGAUCGUGCUCUGCUUCCAGACAAAGUCAGAUGUUUUCUAAUCUUUGAAUGUUUUGCUUCAAAUGUAACUAAUGCCUUAAUGUUCAGUAGUUUUAAUAAAAUGAAGACUUUUUUUAAUAAACUCAAGUUCUAAAAUAAAA